AUGGACACGGGUGGCAACAUCGUUGAAAGGCAUUUUUCUUCCUUUGGAGUGGUGGAGAGGAUUGUGUUGCCCGUGGAUUCGCACACGGGAUUGCCGAAGGGCUUCUCGUUCAUUACGUUUACGGAGUCUUCCGCGGUGGAGUUGGUGCUAUCGUGUCCGCACGUGAUUGACGAGGUGGAAGUGGAUUGCAAGCCGGCGUUUCCGCGGAACUCGACCAAGUCAUUGCACGACCUGGCGGGCGUGCCGGGAACUUUGUUCAAGACGCGGAAGUUGUUUGUGGCGGGGUUACCGACCACGGUCACGGACUCGGAGCUAGUCAAUCACUACGCGCGUUAUGGCCAGGUGCUCUCCGGACGUGUGAUUAAGGACAAGCGCUCCGGUCAUUCGCGCGGUUUCGGCUUCGUCGAGUUCGCAACAGAAGCUGCCGUUGAUAAGACCAUGUCCAACUUCUCUUCUCACCACCUCGGCGGCAAGUGGGUCAUGAGCAAACGUGCUAGCAUGAACCCGCCCAAGGAACGACCGAGUAGCCUGGCCAACAUGUUGGAGCCGGCCGUUCGCGCUGCAGUAGUUCGAGCGCUUUCAGCCUCGUUCUCCGUGCCCAGAGGCUACCACGACUACGACUAUAGACGGGGGUCACCGCCCCGAAGACCCUACCACCGAGGGUGCUACCACGAUCACGGUAACAAUCAACACCGAACACAUAUGCGACCAACACAUAUGCGACCAACACAUACGGGACCACUACGUAUGCUACGUGCGCGCGGAAAACAUAUGUAUGACAGCGACAUACUUAUGUCGAUGUAUGCAACAAUCCAUGUGACCGACGCGUGCCACUUUGUGUAA